AUUAGCUUCCUGAGUUUAUUCUCUUUAGCAGGCAAGGCUUUGUUCCUGGUUUGGGUUGUCAGCUAUUUCUAUUGAUAUUCUUAUGGAUGUUUUAGCUGUUUGUUGGUGUUGGCUGAUAUAAGGUUCACCAUCAAGGUUCCAGGUUCCAAAAUAAAGAUGUAAAUGGAGCAAGGAAGCUGACUACAGUGUGCAGUGACUUUCACAUGCAGUGCUGUCUUCUGCAAUUGGAACAUGAAACUUUUAGUCAAAAAAGAAGAGGAAUAUUCUUGACGGUGGCUUGAUUAAGAGAGAAUCUGUCAUUAAGUGGAAAUAUCACCUCUAAGGUUUCAUUUUUAUUUUCAUGUUCAUACAGUUUUUAUAACUGACAACAUGGGAAACUGCUUUUCUAGGUCCAACACGCCUGACUUUUCUAGUCCUCAAUUCAAAAACAGCAAUAGUGAGGAUAACAAUGGGUCCAAAUCAUCAGCUGGUGGCGAUAUUGGCAACAGAAAUGCGAAGAAGUACCGCUACGAACCAGAUGUGACGAGCAGAAUCAACAAUGGCACCACUACCAACUUUUCAUCUAGUCAUCAGAACUCUGCUGUUCACCUGCAAAAGCCUCAAGCCUUUCCUUCAGAUCCAGACAAAACAUUUUUGCAAGCCAUGUACGACUACCAGGCCCGGACAGAGUCAGAAACUUCCUUCUGUAAAGGGGAUCAAAUGGAGCUGCUGGAUGAUUCAGUUACUGAAGAUGGCUUAUGUCGCAAGCUCACAAGCCCGUGCCCCAAACCGAAGCCAGUCAUGCAAGAUUUAUCCGUUGAAACCAAAGAUAUGUGGGAGAUUCCACGUGAAACGCUCACACUGGAUGUGAAGUUGGGCUCUGGCCAGUUUGGAGAAGUUUAUAGAGGGAGAUGGAAAGGAACUACUGAUGUUGCCAUAAAGACACUGAAAGAAGGAUCCAUGAGUGUGGCUCAUUUCUUGCAGGAAGCCCAGAUUAUGAAGAUGCUGCGGCACGACAAGCUGGUACGCUUGUACGCGGUGUGCACGCGCGAGGAACCCAUCUACAUCGUCACCGAGCUCAUGUCCAAUGGCUCGCUGCUUGACUACUUGAGGAGCGACAAACACAAGACCAUCUCUCUCAUGCAUCUUAUUGAUAUGGCGUCUCAGAUUGCUAGUGGAAUGGCUUACCUGGAGCAGAAGAACUUCAUCCACCGUGACUUGGCCGCCAGAAAUAUUCUGGUUGGAGAAAACAAUAUCGUGAAAGUAGCAGAUUUUGGAUUAGCUAGAAUCUUAGACACAGAGGAGUACAACCCUAAGGGUGCAAGAUUCCCCAUCAAGUGGACAGCUCCUGAGGCCGCUCUGAGACAAAAGUUCUCCGUCAAGUCGGACAUCUGGUCCUUCGGAAUUCUUUUGUAUGAAGUGAUGACGAGAGGACGGGUCCCAUACCCAGGCAUGAACAACAAGACAGUUCUGGAGCAAGUAGAGCUGGGCUACAGGAUGGAGAAGCCCUCGGAUCUUCCAGAAGGCGUCUACAUCAAGAUGCAGGAGUGUUGGCAUGAAAAGCCAGAGCAGAGACCCACUUUUGACCACUUGUUCACCUACUUCGAUGACUAUUUCAUCUCUGUAGAGCCCAGUUACAGAGAAGCCGACAGUUGAGGAUUCCGAGGAAAAUUGGCAUCGUCGUGAUGAAUGAAUAUAUUGGAUGUUAUGAAAAACUGUCCAGACUAAAAUGUAGUUUAGAGAAUCAUAUGGGUUUUAGCGGCAUCUUGCUACCUCAGAACAAAGUUCUAUCUGAUAUUUUUGGCCGUUUUGAGUUAUUAAGACCAUGAGGUCAGAAACCAAAUGUUCUAUCUGGUCUAUCAGAAUCGUUAGGUAAUUCGGAGUCAUCAUCAAAAUAUUCAAAGAAUUGCUUUUGCAAAAGCCUGACAUGUGAAACUCAACAUUUUUUAUGUCAAAUUUCUCAAAACUAGGUACUGAGCAGGUAGAACUUUGUAAUUCUCAGGUAGCAAUCUGUCAUGACCUGCAGACUGGAAGUUUUAGAUGCAGGACACUUAGAGUCAGAAAUGUUUUUACAAUAAACGAGAAAUAUUUGAAAAGAUUAUACUUAACAUUGCCAUUGGCUAAGAUCAUACAAGAGGGUCUAUGUGAAUGUAAAAUUCAGAUUUAAAAAAUGGUCAGUCUAGUUGCUAGAAAAUUCCGGUGAGUGUAGUUGUAGAAAAUUUUUACAUACAUGAAAUAUUAAUUAACUCUGCUAGAGCUGUUUCAUUGCUUUCUAGUUUUAAGUGCAUUUGUUUUCAAGGAAAAGACUUUUAAAGGCUUUGUGUAAAAUAUGUUUCUGUCAUGUGAUACUUUCACUAAUUUCUAUUGUUCUAAAGCUCCCUACCCAAUAUGUUGAAAAGUAAAGCAGCCAAAUCUUGAAAAUAAUCACAGUCGUGGUGAUUGCUGAACCUGCCACAUAACAAAACACACAAGAAAAACUAAAUGGAAACGAAAGCUAACACAGACAUCUUAUUUGUUUGAAAUGACAAUCAUGUACUUAUAAGGCUCUUCUGUUUUGAUUUCCAGCAUAAUACAGUUAAGCUGGCGGUGUCGGAUAUCCGCCUGCAAAACUAUGUGGCUGUUACUAUUGUGUUGUUAUCGCAAGUUGGGUGCUUUCACAUUUUCUCAAUAUCUCACUACUUUACAAGUCUCAUAACUCAAGUAUUGUUUGUGAAUGAUAUGUGCCAGUAGAAUAUCAAAGGUGUUAAGUGCCAACUGGCCAAGUCCAAGGUAUGUCUGUUUCCCCUUUUUAAAUCUUCCUUUUACUUUUACUUUUCCGAUCCAGCGGCCAUUUGGGUUCUAGCCCUUCGGUCUGUAAAUCUUCCUUAAAUUAUGUAAAAAAUGCCUGACUUAAGUAAACACUUCAUAUCCCUCAAAUACAUAUUAUGUACAAAACCUAGUGAUAAGCAUUCGCUUUCAUUUAGUUGUUUUUGAGGGAUUUUUUGUGCCUCCUGAAAAAUUAGCUAGCAUGGACUUGGCCAGCUCACUCUCAACACAAAUGAUAAGUAGCACUGCUUUCACUGUCUCAGUGGCAAUUAUGAAAUGGGUCAGAAACUUCCAUUAAUUAUGUCUUAAUGGUCAUUAUAAUUCUUUUUCGACUCUUAUUACACAAUGCUCGAUGUUCUCAACACAUGAGACUGCUAGCUGUGUAUUUUGCUUUCGAGGGCAGAAACAUUCCUAGCUGUUAAUUUGUCAAGUGUGACAGUCAAAGAAAGGAAAGUGUGAGUUCAUGUGUCUUCUUUUGCUUCUUCUUUGGUUAAGAAAAAGUACAUACAUAAGACUAAAUUUUUCUAAUGUAUGCAUGAUUUAAGUGAAAAAUGAAGUAUUUCCCUGGGAAAUCCAAAGCUGGAUAAAUUUUCCCAUUUUUAAGAAUGUGCCUGUCAAAUUUAGCUCUGGUGUCCUUUUACAGUGCAUGCAUGUAGGGAUAAAUAUUGACUAGCAAUGCCAAUCGCUCACUGCUCUUUGGCCCAAAAAUCAGGAUCAGAGGUAGCCGUUUUCUGAGCAUAGUUACAGGAAUAGCUGUGGACGAAAAUAAUUGAAACUUGUCACCCAAUGAGAAUAAAGACUAAACUUACUACAUGCAAGCUUACACAAUGCAAAUAGAUUUCUAGAACUAGCAAAAUUGCCAUGUUUUUGUGAUUUUCUUCCUUAAAAAAAAACAAAACAAGACGAGCUGCUGUGUCAUCGUCGACCAGGGUCAGAAAUUGAAUUAGCUAUCCUGCUGGCAUAUGAAAGGCCUAUGAUCACUUGGCAGCAUGGGAUUGGCUGCCUUAAACUAAAUAGGUCACGGGGUCCAUUGCCAGUUUUUUGCUAUACCGUUUUGUUAGGUUGCAUAUGAGGGUGAUAGCAGAACAGCGCUGAAUCUUUUUAGAUCAAAGUUUCUUCGUUUCUGUAACAGGUGGAGUCUUUCUUGUUCUUUGCACUCCCCAGCUAGAUCUGAGGAGUAGUUGUUUGCUGGUUCUUCAACCUGUAGUGUAAAUGAUUUUUACGAAUGUGACCAUUUUUUUCCUACUUGGUAGAGCCCCUGGCCUUCAGGCAGCCACAUUCCGAUUUCGAAGGUAAUUUAUAUGUUUUUAUACUAAUAGUAUUUUCAGUUUUGGUAGGAAUCAGUUUUGGAUUUUGCCAGGGUGAGGGCCAAAGCCUAUUCUUAUCUAUUUUAGGAUCGCCAAGGGGUCUUUGAUAUGCACAACUUGCACACCGGAUCUCCAAGAUUUUUCGCCUAUAUAUGAGAAGGUUAGGUAUUUAAUCUUUCCUACUCUAAGAUCAGGAAUGUGGCUGAAAGACAGCAGUCAGAAGGACUUGGGAGUAAAGGAGAGUAGAGGACGGGGAUGGGGGGAAAAGUGGAGAUGAAAGCAGAUAUCAGGACAGGACAAGAGAACAGGAAAGGAGGUGAAAGUAGACAAUUUUAGAAGACAAUUUUAUUGCCGCUCUCAGAUUUUGAACUAGGGUCCUUUUAAAGUAAUAAAGACAUCGAAAAAUUGAUAGUAGAACUAGAUUGUUCUAAAAGUCUCAUUGAGGUGCCAAGUUUCAUUCAUAUACUCAUGUUCAUCACUGACUUAUGAACAGUUUUCCUUCAAAAUACAUCCUAGGAAUCAUCCUACUUUUUGGUGACAUUUUCCUUUUUAAAGGUCCUCAGAAAUUUUGCAACACAAAAAAAUCCCCACAACUUUUUAAUUUAUCAAUGUAUUUUUAAUAUAUUCAAAAUUCCCAAUACUCAGAAUUUAUUGCCUUUCAUAGAAGCUUGUUUUAAAGAAGUAUGAAAUAAAAUUUGAAUUUUUAUUUGUUGUUUCUGCGUUGACUGCCAGUUCUCAAAUCGGUUCCAAACCAGUGGCUUGCAUAAGUACUCUGACAGAUAUACCCCUUCGAGUGAGCCACCCCAACUUGUUGACAAAAUUGUUACUCACAUGUGUUGUAAUCUUGGCAUAACCUCUGUAAUUUUCUUACGGCUGUUUUUGUUGUUAAGAGAUAGAGAAUGAGGAUGGGAGUGAGUUGAGCUAAUGGGGAAGAUGAUAAUGGUGUUUGCCUAGUUUAGCACAUUGCAUGAUUCGCUUUCGUUAUGUGCCUUUGGGAACAGUUGCUCUAGGUUACUCUAAAACUGUUGUUUUGAAGUCUGUUGUGAAUGUGUAAAUGUUAGGUGUUGUAUGCGCUGAGUCGUUUGCAGCAGACUGCCACAAGUUUUUCUUGCCACUUGUAUUUUUUGUAACCUCUUACAUAUCAGCAGUGAACAAAGAUCAUUCUUGCUUCGCAUCCCCUUGUUUUCCAUCUGACAUAUCUGCACACAUGUUGACUCUCUUUCUGAUCAGUAUCAUUUCCAUGUCCGCCAUUGUAAAUAAUGUAUUUCUUGGAAUAGCUUUUGACAGGACACAUAUUUUCAGUGCGUUUCUCUUAAAGAUUAUUGCAAACCCUUACCUUAUGAUACUUAUGAUUAUUCGUCUUUUUAAAGGCUCUUUUAUUCUGUAUGUUUUAUGUUUUCACCAAUCUCUUUUUUUUUUUUAGGUUGGUGUCAGACUUAUUUCCAUGGACUGGUAGCCUCUGUGUGGAAUAGUAAUUUGAAAUAAACAGACCUACCAAGGGAGUUAUUCUUAGGUUCUUAGGUGGGGGUUUUGGGGGGGGGAGGGUGUUACAUGCACAGCUAUAAUGAAUAAUCACAUUGGCUAGUUGUAAGAUAUAUAGCAAAGUAUGAUAAUAUUCAGAGAAGGCUUUGUAACUUUUUAGCUCUUUUAAAAUAUGUCUAACUUUUAGGAAAUGCAUUAAAUAUAUAUAAAUUUAGUUUGUACUUGUAUUUGUUGUUUUGGACUAUACUUUUUUAAAACAUCCCUUACUUGAUUUUAAUUGUCUAAGAAUACCUGUUAUUUAGUUUCCACUUCUAUAGAUCAUUUUGGGCCAUAAUUUAAAAAAAAAAGUAAAUUACAAUAUUUUUUAUGUUGUUUGUGUAGAGAAAAUGCAGUACCACUCUCUUGUUCCUUUUUUUGAUGAGGGAAAAAUUGGGUCUGAGGGUCUGAAGGUCAUCAUUGUCCCAGCCACUCUAUAGUUGAGGCAGCAAUGAUUACUUAUGUGGUCUUAUUGCUCUGCUUUUUCACCACGCUUCUUUUUUAUGCUGUUGUUCUUAUGUUUUGUUGUAGAAAUAGAAGGCUGACGGAGGAAAGUAUAAUGGAGACGAGUGGGCUGUUAGAGAGUGCCACUGGUAGGCUCUCUACAUCGUUAUGCUCGUUCUGUUUUUGUUCUGUCUAUCAGUCUUUCUUCUUUUUUUUUCCCUAGCAGUAAGUAAGCAUCUGUAUGUUUCUGUUCACCUGAACAGAAUAGGGGAAAAAACAGAAUAGUUAGUCACACACGCAAUAUGUAUUAUAUGCUUUCACAUUACUUAGUACUUAGCACACAAAAAAGGAGAGGAAUUUUUUUCUUUUAAUUCUAAUGUAAUUAUCCUUAUUUUUAUUUUAUGCUCAUAACUUAUCUAUCUCUGAAAAUGUAUAAAAAAGAUCACUAACACUUAUUGUUUCCUUUGUUUCCAUGUAUACUGUUUACAAAUGUAUGUCAUGAUGUCACAAUCACUUUUUGGAUUGAAGAUCUUUCUUAGUGUAAAAUCAUCAAGACUUCACACUUAUCUGGCAGGGACUAGACUUAAUAACACCCUAAGAGCUAAACAAUGCUACAUGCUUCAACUUUUUAUGUAAUGAAUUUUAGUUUCAUAUGGCAGCUGAAUAUAGUGCAAGUACAAGAUAGAACAUGCGGUGCUAUUGAAAAAAAUACAAAGCAAAAUCAUAGAGGCAGAGAUAGACAAAGAAUAACUUACUUUGAAAACCCAGACAGGUCAGUGACAUGAAAAUACCUGGGUUGGUUUUUUUUUUAGAAAACUCCAAGCAGAGAAAUGAGUAGCAAACAAUGAUUGCCAAUGUUUCAGAUAUGCCACCGAAAAGAAGAUUAGUCUUGAAGAGUGGGUGGUUGUAUUUACACCAGCUUAAAUUUUAUUUCAUACCCUCAAUUUCAGGUAUUACAGGUUCAUAAAUACUUGUUUGCAAAUAGAUUUGCAGCUAUACUUUCCUGAAAUGAGAAUAUGGUGGCAAAAUUUGUUGUUUUUUUGUGCUGGCAGUUUUUGCAGUCAAUGAGUUGUUUAUGUUUUGUGGGGAGAAAAAAAUUGUUUCUGGAAUGCUCAUUCAGCACCUUGUGUUCAAGCAGCUGUUGAUGUGUGUGUUAUUAAAAAUGUGACUUGAAGAGCAUCUGCAUUUACUCUCAGAGAUGGUCAGUAUUUUUUUGUUUAUCUAUUAGAAAACUCGUUCUGACCACGACAUAGGUUGUUUUGCUUUUUUUUAAAAAUCAAAUCGUGCUUUCUUGUGGGAGCAUCAGUGCAGAGAAAUGAGUAAUGAACCAUGGUCACCGACGGCUGUUUCAGAUCCUGCACAUGAAGAAGACGAGGACGAAAAAGACAGAGAAAAUAGUAUAGAUAUGACUUUGUUUGUGUCUUCUUUCCUCAACUGGCCCCGUAACACCUGUUUUAUUAUGUACUUUCUUGCAGCACUCAUUGAACAUUUCCAUAAUUUUAAUUUGUAUUCAGGGCCCAGUUUUCAUUCAUCCUGAUUUUGAUCUUUCUUCUUGGCAGUGAGUUGGAGAAAUAGUGGCUGUUAAGAGACAGACUUGUGACAGCCCUGAGAUUAUAUAUUUGUCUUCAUUAUUAUAUAGCACAGUUUUUCACUCACAGGACGAGGAGUUUGGGUGUUGUUUCAUUUAUUGAUGCGUCAUAUAUUCAGGCAAAGCUUCCUAAACUAUGAUUAGUAUGAAUUGACCGUUGGUGUUUGUCAACCUGUGUAACUUCAUAGAUUCAUGACUCGACGUGUUUCCUAGUUCUACCUUCAUGAUCAGUCCUGUAAUUAUUGUCACAUUUGUGCUAAUAACUUAUAAUGAACUCGAUGUACAUGCUGGUGUCUACCAGGGUUCGUACAGGUCUUGGAAAACUGGAAAACUCUUGGAAUAUGGGGAAAUUGGCUAAGUGCUUGGAAAAACACAUUUUCAACUAGAUCUAUUGUAAAAACAUUUCCUCAAAGUUUAGAAGGCCUUGACUUUACGCAUUCUGAAUAAAGAAGUGACAAAAUAUCUGGUCACAUGAGCUUAUUCAGGCUGGGAUACAAAAAUUCUCUCAUCCCCCUCUUAUAAAACCAGCCUGCGUGCAUAGUGGACAAGACGAUUUCUUCCAAAAUGACAUGUUAUUUGUCUUGGAAAAAAGGAAUCUGGUCUUGAAAACUCUUGGAAAAAAAAAUCUCCUUCUCAGUAUGAACCCUGGUCAACAUAAUAGCACUGCUUUAUCUUUGACUUUCUUAGCCUUGGAGAGGAAAGUAAUACUUGUAAUUACUUGUUCAUGACAUGACCAGCACUUUGACGUCUUUUUUUUUUGUUCAUGGUAUUUUUGUACUUGGUAUUCAAAUCUUUUGUCAAAAAUAGCCAUAAUCCAAAACUGCAAUGUGUAGGCCUACUGAUGUUGUACAAGUCUAAAUAUUAUUUCUAGAAAUAAUGAUUUUGGGAAUGCGAAUGUGACAGUUUCCACCAUCGUAUCUGUCUUUGCUUAACACAGUGUUGAUCUCAUUUUUUUUUUUUUAAAUCAUGCCACUGCUCUCUGUGUAAUUAUAACAGUAUGUUUAUGAUCACACCUUUUUGCCUGCUACACCCUGGUCCUUAAUUCUUGUACUUAAAUAUCCCAUUGUGUCUACGGAGUAUGUAAAGCCGUACAAUAUAUUUCAUGGCUCUGCCUGCCUUGCAGUUUCUCAUGGCUAUGCAAUUUAACGUUUAUAAUAACGUCGAGUUUCUUUGAGAACUUUGAUUGGCGUGUGAUUAUGUGGGUUACCCUGUAGUAUUGAACUGUAGAACAAAUUUUUGUUUGUUUCAAUUCCUUUUAUCUAGAGGGGAAAGAAAUAGUUGAAAUCAUAGCCUUUGUCCUCUGCCCUUCCCAUGCAUGACAAAACUUGUGCAAUGUUGAACUAGACUUUUAAACAUAAAAUGUGUAUAUAAUAUAUAAGGAUUUAUUCAAACAACCUAUGAGAUUAAUAAGACUACAGUAAGAAUGAAAAGACCUGUCUCAAACAGAAGGAGCACUCUGUGUACAAUAUUUUGAGAUUUAUAUAAUGUUGAAAAAGUCUAAUGUUCAUGAGACAACCUGAAGUCUAUGAUUGUAUUCCAGGCAUGAAAGACCUUUGUAAAACUUGAAUAAAACAAGCUCUUUUUAAGCAGUUUGAAGUAUUCUCAAGUGAAGAUGCUUUCACAUUACAAUGUAGAUUAGAUACUGCUUGGUAUUCAAAGAGGCAAAGAGUUUUGGGUUUUUUCAGUAUUCAUGAGAUUAAAAGACAUUGACCCUUUGCUUCAAUUCAGGUCAGAGCACAUAACUGAGAAUAUAGAGUUGGAGACAAAGUGUUAAACUUGAGUUGUCUGAUACAAACAUUUUUCAGUUGGCCAACUCUGGUUAAAAUAGAAUAUCUCAUUAUUUCCUAUAUUUUUUUAAAUGGUAAAUUCUUCCAUCUUUUAUCUUUUAUAAAUUACUUUGUAACGCAGUGAUUUUGUUUCAUUGUUUCGUGUUUUGCUCAACUUGUUUCAAGAGCACAUCCUCCAUGAGAAGACAAUCGCUGAUCAUCAGUUUUUGUUUUCCUGGACUGAAUUGCAAGAAUGCAAACUGUCGUACAAUUAGCAAUGCUUUAUGCAGUGUGCUUACUCAAUUACUAAGAAGCAGCCUUUUGUUUUGUGCCUCUAUUGCCUACAUGUCGUAUUCAUUUCCAGGAUGAACUUAAUUUGAAUUACUUUUUUUUAAUGGGACAUCGAAUGUUAUUGUUUGUGUGUUCUUUACAGUGACGUUUAUUAUGAUAUUCUGUUUGAUUAUGUUAUGAGGAGGCCUAUUUUUAGAACUUGAUUCUCGAUGACUGUACAAACCUCAAAUUGAACUUUGGCUGUUGGCAGAACCAAGCUGCUAUUAAUUUGUGCAAAGAAUUAUUUUUGUAGAUAUAUUUUCUGAUGAUUGAUUUCUCAAAUGAUAACACUUUUUUGCUACACUUAUGUAUAUCAUUAUUUUUUUAAGUCAUCUCUAUGAAGUGCAAUUUUAUCUUUUUGUCUUUUUCUGGUACAUGCAUAUUUACUCCUUUGCUCUCUGUUUCUCUUCUUUUCUCACUUAUUGUCUCUCUCUCCCACUCCCCUCUCAUUUGUUUCAUAAAUCCCUUUCACUGUGAAAAAAUUAUUUCAUUUCAUUGUCAUAGUGAAUUUUAUGUUAAGAGUUCAGCGGUGUUUUUGGCAAUACAAUGUACAUGAAAUGAUAAAUGUAAAGCCUGAAUUGAAAUGUGAAAAAAA